AUCGAUCGAUCGUUCUGCGUCGUGAGUGCUAUCGACUACAUUUGUCUGCUGCGUGUGUGUACUGUGUUAGUGAUAUUGCGUUUCGGUGUUGUGCUUUUAAUUUCGCAUUAUAAUAUUUAAAUAAGCGACGAAUAUGCCGAAAUCUAUACCCGAAAGGUGGUUGGAAUAUAAACCCUAUGGUACAGUGAUCAGUGGUACAAAAAUUCUACCGUUCAAAGUGCCAUUGAAAGAGGCAGUGAGUAACAAUUUAGAACCGGAGAAACGGUUUACAACGUCGGUACUGCUUCAAGCGUUUCCACGUUUAAAGUGUAUUAUCGAUUUGACAAACACGAGUCGCUAUUAUGACGAAAAGGAAUUCAUAAAUUCUGGUGUUAAAUAUGAAAAAAUUAUGGUUCGUGGGCGGGAAGUUCCCUCCAUGGAUGUAGUAAACAGAUUCUUUAAAACGAUGGAUGAUUUUACGUCAGCUUGUGGCGAAGAUGACAUUGUAGGGGUUCAUUGCACUCACGGUGUAAAUCGUUCCGGAUACCUAAUUUGUAGGUAUCUCGUACAGCAAUUAGGUUGGGAACUGGAGAAGUGUUUAAAAGCGUUCGAAACGGCCCGUGGAUAUCCCAUCGAUCGUAAAAUCUAUAUAAACGCGUUGCAGAAAGUACCGCGCGAGAAAAUCGACACGAGUAAAAUCAGCGUGGAUUCGAGGGGAACAUCAGGAUCGGAGGCGCCGAGUAGAAGAGUGAUGCGCGUGUCGUUCAAGUAUCCAGGGAGCAGCCCGUACACGAUGGGACCGCCAGGGUUCGGAGCGACGAGACGCGGUUUCGCGAAAGACGGUCCAUUUUCACCGGCGCAUUUCGGUUAUGCCGGCCCUCCGCCAGGUUUCCGUCCUAUGCCACCUCCGCCCGGCAUGCCACCGGUACCACCGCCACCAGUUCCUCCACCUAUGUACGGGCCGAGGCCGUUCAGGUACGGACCACCACCGCGACCAGCCAUGCGUCCACCGCCACCUAGACCAGGGUUCCCUAUUCCAGGUUUCCCGCCACCACCACCACCACCACCACCACCCUGUCCGUCCAGAACGCCCGCCGGUAUCUUACCCCACGCUCCACCCGCUCGCUUGCCACCGCCAAAAAUGCCUCCACCUCCUCCCCCGCAAUCCGCCCCGACAAGACCCAUCCUUUUUAAACGAUUGCAACCGCAAAAGAGAAAAUCCCACCUUCGAAACGGCAUUCUCUCCUCGGCUAGAAACCCUGUCGAUUUAAUGAGGCAGAACAGCCAGACGAGUAGGAUAUUGCCUAAAUUGAUGAAAGAGCAAGAUUUCACGGUAGACACGUUCGAGGAGAAUUUACUCGCCGUCUCGAGCCAAUCGAACAGGCGGUCGACCAAAGGAAGAUACAAUCAAACCAAGUGACGACGUGCCAUUUAGGAAGCGUGAUUAUUUACUUAAACGCGUGCGAACAACAUCUCGCCGAGUUUUAUUCGUCAGUUUCGUUCCCCCUCGUCGUUCUCGUGCCAGAGAAAACCACGAUGAAAUGAGAGCAACGGUUACCAAAUUCCUACGAUUAUGGACGAUUUUUCCGACUUGGGCAACCGGGGGGGAGAAACGUCGAAAUAAAAGAAAAUAUAAACAGAAAAAAAUACAAAAAAAGAUAUCACGACGACGAGUUUCUGCGAAAUGUGAAAAUAUUUGUAUAGUAACGAUCGGUGCCCAUCCCUCCCCCCUUUUUCCCUCCUACGACACAUGUUCCUUCGACACGCUAUUUUCAAGAUAACGUUCGUCAUUAAUGAAAAUAAAUGCACUUUGUCGAUAAUCUUAUUACGAUCCAAUCCAUUACCACGUUAUUCCCCCUUUUUUUUAAUUUUAAUUUCACGUUCACAAGAUUACGAUUUAGUACUUAACACUUCGACCACGAGAGAUUACGAGUAUACCAUUGUUAAUCUUGCUUCGAGAAUUGUCUUGGUUCGAAUUCUGUUUCCUAGUUUUAGAGUGAAAAUAAACCAAUCGGCCAGUUAGCCUUAUACAUAUGUGUGUGUGUGCAUAUAUAUAUACACACACACACGCGCGCGCGUAUAUAUAUAUAUACGAUAUUUGCAAGUGCUAUUCGAAUACGACGAUGGUUCGUUGAUUAUAUAUUUUGUAAGUAAAAUAUAAUACGAAUCUUUGAUUAUUGAAUCCUUUUAAUUUCUCUUAAUCGAUCGACUGAUAAAAACUCUUCGUUUUAACUAUACAUUUACUUUUUUGCUUGUCGAUAAUUACUACCGAGCAGGUAAAAGAUUAUAAUAUAUUCAGGUAUAGUAUAUAUUCAAUUUGAUAUUUAUUUUAUCGAUAGAUAAUGCGUUUAUCUAUGUAUGUACAACUCUUAUUUCAAGUAUAUUUACUUGAAAAUUCUUUUCAUACAGUUUUAUUUAUGUAAAUACUGUGCUGUAAACAUUUAUUUUCAUUCUAUAUUUAACGUAGCAAUUGUAAUUUCUUCGCAAGUCAUUCCAUGUAUUAUUGCCAUUUUUUCUUUUUUUUUUUUUCUCUCUCUCCAACGUUUCGUUUCGAUCGUUGAGAAAUUUUUUUUUUUUUUUUUAUUUGAAACGAGAUUAAUUUCGAGAUCGAUGUAAAGGAAAAAAUUAUAAAGCGAUUAUUCCUUUCCACGUUUAAUUUAAAAAAGAAAUUUCGAAAGAGAAAGACACGCAAAGAUUGAUUCUUCCAUCCAAAAGUUUAAAAUGACGUUUGUGCAUAAUUAAGUAUCGAAGGUAAAUAACGCGAAAUACAUCGAAAUCGAAACAUUUCUUUUGCAGAUCUUGUUAAAAGCGGUAAAAAGUGCGAUCGAGUAAACUUUAUUUUCCAUUGCGAAAAUUUUGUAUUCAGUAUUUUAAUUUUAAUCUCCAGCUCUCUAACGUAAUUGCUUUAAAAAAAUGAACAGCGAUUCGAUGAACGUUUAUUCGUUUUUUUAAGACGAAAGAAGCGUAUAAUACAGUUUCGAUCGAUAUUUAUUCGAUCGAGUAAAUAUUAUAAGAGGGAUAUUAUCUCUUGAUAUCUUUUCUUUUAAAAUUACGUUACAAAUUACGUUACGUCGGUGUAAAUAUAUACGUAUAAUUAUAUAACGUUGAUUAGUUUUGCAUCUUUGUAAAUGAUCGUUUAAAAAAAAGAAAAAAAUUUUUAAUGCUCUUUCGUACAUUUUAGAGAUUUAAGAUUCGAAACGAUAUCGAUAUUGAUCGACGCUACUACAUGUAUGUAUGUAUUUAGCUUUCGAUUUCGAAAAAUUAUAAAACGAGCUUAAAAAUAGUUUAAAAACCUAAAUUUGGCAACUUUUAUACUUUGAAAAAUCUCGAUGUUACCAGAAAUAUUUAAUUAAGCGCUUGACACAUCUACCAAUUUCCGUUAAACGUUUAAUUUAAUCUUUUCGAAUCGGAUUGUUCAAUAACUGUUAUCAAAGGGUAAGAUAAUUUUUUAUAUUUUUAUUUAUGAAAUCGAUCGUUUUCGAAAGAUAUUGCGUAUUUUUAUUAUGUAACGUUCGUACGAAAUAUUUCAUUUUUUUCUUGUAUACGUUUGCUGUACGAUUUUAAUCAAAACUUAAAAGUAUAAGUACGUAUAAAUAAAUGAAUUGCUAUCAACGAAAAGGAAAGGGUAAAGAUAAAAGGCUUAUUACAACCUGGCAUUCGUUUCCGUAAAAAAAAAAAAAGAAAAAGAAAAAAAAAGAAAAAAAAAGAUUGGAUCGCAAGCAUCGUAAAAUGUACAAAUUUUCUACAAAUAUUCGUUACGUCGAUAAAAAUCAUCGAGACUCGUAGUAACCGUAUUGCUACAGCCUAUGAUUUUAGAAACGUAUAUAUAAUUCGUUAAACGAGAUAGAUCUAUAUAUAUAUAUAUACGUGUAUAAAAUUAGCUUUGAUAAUCUAAAAGUUUGACUCUAAGCAAUCAGUCUGCGCUACAUGGCAAUUCGCGUAAAAUAGUUCCUAACUUUUUCAUCGCGUGUCUAAAUUAUUUUUUUAUAGAAUCUUUGUAGAAACGGACACCAACUUUUCGUCGAGCGCGAUCGAGGUUAUUGCUCGCUCGAAGCUUAUUCGAAACAAUAAUUCGAAUUAGCGGUAAAUUAUCGUCUACUACGUACGUUCUCAUCGAGAAUCUUAUUAUAUCACUCGUCGUCGCUACGCUCCAUCCGUAUUUUGUACUACCUUUUCCUCCUAUUUGUUCGUUCUCGAACCACUUAUUCAUCUCGAAUUCUCAAUCUAGUCAAUUUAGCAGCCAGUUAACGAAAAACUCUAAUUAGAACGAACGAAAAAUUAAGAUAAGAUUUUGGAAGCAUCGGAUCCCUGUGCCAUCGUUAUCCCGAUUCAACCUCUUGAUAGCCUUAACGAUAAUUUCUCUACCGAAUGAUCGGGCUUAAAGUAAUCGUCCCUCGAUUUCGAUCUCGAGAACGCGCGACGCGCGUAAAUUGUUAAUUCUUAAAAGAAAAUUGGACGAGAUUUUUAAAAACGAAAGGUUGGACGUUUUAUGUAGGUAGGUAUUGCACGUGGUCGAAGGGGAGAGAGGGGAGAGAAGGUGGACGCGGGCCGUGACUCGUCUCGUGUCUCGUUCCGAGAUAUUAAAGUGAUUCAAUAUUCGGGUUCGGUCAUGGGUCACGCGUGUAGGAGGGACGUGUCUCUUAUGCGGCUGUCCAUAUAUCACCGACUGCCGUUGGCGUGCGUGGAAUAAUUUCACGAGAAAUUGCACGCGUCAUACGCGAGUAACGCCCUCGCUUCGAGCUUUGCCAGCGGCCUUGGAUACGUGACUCGAUACAACCUAUAAAUCGACUAUUGCGUACGCUGCAUCUUCGUAUCACCUGUUCUACGAUUAACUCGUCCAAUCGUUUCAGAAAUCGGUGGCUACCUAUGAAUCCUACUCUUUCCCAGAACGACGAAAAACCUCUCGAAAACGUACGUCUGCAAAUUCCUUCUUACUUUUUUCUUCCAAUCGUAGUAUCGAAUAUGGAAACGCUUGAGAUUUUGAACGAAACGUGAGUGGUAAUAAUAAUCGAAAUUAAAUUGUUCUCGCUAUUCUUGUUAAGGGGUGAUGAAAAUUUUUAGACAAUGGUGAUCGUGAUGCAUAUUCAUCGAUAUUUUUUUAACGUUAAGUUGUAAAUAAAGGAGAAUAUAAGAAAUCUAUAUAUGUACGUUCGUAAUAAAAGUAAGAGAAUUUUUCUAAUCGCAUAUAUAUAAAAUAUAAGUAACGAAAUAUCAAACUUAUGUGUAUAUAUAUAUAUGAUCUUCCUAAAUAUUUUAGACUUAUACAAUUGUAAUUGAAAGAUAUUGUAUAAAUGUUAAAAUAAAUAUUUUUUUAUAAUACCUAAGUAAUAAACGUAUAGCGGUUAAGAGAGUGUAA